AUGUGGACGCCAUACAAGGACGGGUAUAUUGCACAAGGAGGCUUUGCAUCCCACGUGAGACUUCAUGAGCAUUUUGCUAUUCCAAUUCCGGAGAACAUUCCAAGUCCAUUGGCCGCUCCAUUACUGUGUGGUGGUAUUACUGUGUUCUCUCCGCUAUUAAGAAACGGGUGUGGUCCAGGUAAGAAGGUAGGAAUUGUGGGUAUCGGUGGUAUUGGUCAUAUGGGUAUUCUGUUAGCAAAGGCUAUGGGUGCCGAGGUUUAUGCCUUCUCUCGUGGCCAAUCCAAGAAGGAGGACUCUAUGAGACUUGGUGCUGAUCAUUAUAUUGCCACGUUAGAGGAUAAGGACUGGACCAAAAAAUACUUUAAUACUUUGGAUCUUCUUGUCAUUUGUUCUUCUUCUCUCACUGAGGUUAAUUUUGACAGUGUCAUUAAGGUGAUGAAGAUUGGGGGUUCUAUAGUUUCUAUUGCUGCUCCAGAACAUGGUGAGAAACUUGUUCUGCAACCAUUGGGCCUGAUGGGAGUCUCCAUCUCCAGCAGUGCUAUUGGCUCCAGAAAAGAAAUUGAACAAUUGUUGGAGCUAGUUUCCGAAAAGAAUGUCAAGAUAUGGGUGGAAGAACUUCCAAUUGGUGAAGAAGGCGUUCAUCGAGCUUUUACAAGAAUGGAAAAAGGUGAUGUCAAAUAUAGAUUCACUUUAGUCGACUAUGACAAGGAGUUCCAUAAGUAG